UGUAGACGACAUGCUUCUUUGCGCAUGCCCCUGGCGCGUAACAUUAGGUUGCACAUUACCGGCAAGUAAUACCGGAAGCUGGAUAUUUUGUGUGGAUUUCACCUGUUUUCUGAGUAAUUUUAUUUGUCAGGUGUAAGGUGAACCCCGUGCUGUUUCGCCAUGCAGGCCCCUCCCAACUUCCAGCCCCAGAAUGUGAACCAUGGCACUAAACUCCCGCCAGCCAAGCGGUCACGUUACAGGAAGUUUGACAUCUACCGAGAUGUUACACAGUUCACCUUUGUCGACAAUCAUGCCAUACAGGUAUCACAGACGGACCAUGCCAGUUUCAAGGACCUCAUUUGGCACCUUGUCUACUAUCCCAAGCUCAACUCCGACCUUGAGAAGGCAAGAGCCAUAUUCCGCUGGAUGACGUCCAAGAACAUGUACAAUAUUGACUUUAAGAACAUCCAGAAAGGCUCCCCGGAGGAGGUGCUCACGUCCUUCAAGAACAAGAAAGGGACGUAUGCCAGAAUCUACGAGACUCUGUGUGGCUACGCUGGUCUGUACUGCACUGUGUUGACUGGGUUUGCGAAGGGCCUGGACUACCGUCCGGGAGACAAGUUCAAGGGCACGGAGUACAACCACAGCUGGAACGCAGUGAACAUUGAUGAGAACUGGUACCUUGUUGACUCCCACUGGGCCACGCGAUACCUCAUUUCGGAGAAAAACCAGCCAGAAAACCUGGUGUAUGAAUACGAUGACUUCUACUUUAUGACUGACCCGGAGCAGCUGAUCUACAGUCACUGGGCCCAGAAAGCAGAGUGGCAGAUGUUGGCCCACCCACUCACCCUACAGGAGUUUGAAGAGCUCCCCCUUGUCAAGUCGUACUUUUUCAAAUGCGGGAUGUUCUUCAUCUCCCACCAGAAAGGCGUCGUCCAGACUCGCAAGGGGAAUAUUUCAAUCACAGUAGGAUUUGUGAAGCCCACAAAUUUUACGUACAAAAUAGUCCUGGCGGAGAAUGGUGACGAGAUGUACCAAGGGAACAAACUGAAGAGUUACGGGCUCCAAGAGACACGCCACAAUCAGGCUUCAUUCACGCUGAGAGCCCCGAAAACUGGGUCCUUCUACCUGACCAUCUUUGCCCAGCUUCUGACGGGAGAUAUCGGGGUGAAGAAUGUCUUUACAGCAGCGGCAGAGUACAAGGUGAACGCUGAUUCCCCUGCUCAUGAUGCGGUGCCCCUCCCUAACUGCUCUGAUAGCAACUGGGGCCCAGGAAUCCCCCUGGAUCAGCUGGGAAUCAUCCCCUCGCAGAAGGAUGCCGUUAUCCCCACUCAAGAGGGAAAAGUGACUCUGGAGUUUCAGAAAACGAGACCCACAUUCAUACUGUGCAAGCUACGCCGACCUGGACUUAAGGAGGAUGAGCUGGAGCGCUGUGUGGUCGAGGCUGACCAGGGAGACAGAAUCGUCGUGACAGUGACCCUGCCCCACAAGGGCGAGUAUGGAUUCGAGGUAUACGGCAACGACCCCAACAAAGAUGGAGACACCUACACCCAUGUGUGCCAGUACUUCCUGCACUAUGCUCCUCCCAGCGAGCAGGCGAACGCCUUCUACCAGGAGACCCCUAGCAGGCAGUGUAACCUGCCGGACGGUUCCCAAGCUACACAGCAGAAUAAGGGAUACCAGCCUGAUGCACAGCAGGUGACUGCAGGCCUUGCUAGCACUUACAUCGGUGGGCAGGGCAGGGACGGAGAGGUCGAUGAAGAGUUCCCUCCGCCCCCACCAGAGCUUUUGCAGCAGCAGUAUCUCUAUGGGGCUGCCCCCCAGCAGGGUGUGUAUGCCAGUGUGGCUCCAGGAACCCAGGCUCAGGGCCAGGUGUCAUACCGCCCAGGUAAGGGCACGACGGAUGUUCCCCAGCCACAGAAGGGCAAAGUGUCCAAUAUCCCCGUCAGCUCUGCGCCCAUACAGGUGGAGAAAAGAAAUGUCGGCCAGGAACCACCAGCGCCGCCACCGACUUUCAAGUUGAUCCCCGUAAAGACAGAGAAAGAUGCCGGUCCACCUCCUACCCCGCAGGCAGCCACAUCGCACCAGAAGCCGUCCCUGGAGAAUAUUGACAGGCAGGUGCUUCACACUGUGGACGACCACGCCAUCCAGGUGUCAAAGAGCGACCACAGCAAUGUGAGAGAGCUGGUCUGGGAUCUCAUCUUCUCCAAGAACAUCACCAACGAGAUCGAAAAAUGCAGAGUAAUAUUCCGUUGGCUGGCUACCAAGAACCUGAAGGAGAUGUCGUUUGACAAUGUGCAGGCUGGCAGCCCAGAGGAGGUGCUGAUGGGUCUUAAAACUGGCCGCACAACCUAUGCCAUGGUGUUUGAUACAAUGUGCAACUAUGCUGGUCUGCACUCAAAGAUCAUCAGUGGCUACGCGAAGGGUGCGGACUACCGUCCUGGCCAGAAGUUCCAGCCUGGCACAAACCAGCACUCCUGGAAUGCCGUAUACAUCUACGGCACCUGGUGUGUUGUUGAUGCCCACUGGGCCGCGCGACGUAUCAUUGGGAAGCAAGCGUCAACAGAAGAGUUCCAUUACCAGUUGGAUGAGUACUUCUUCCUCACUGAGCCUGCACAACUCAUCUUUACUCACUUCCCCGACGACCCCAAGUGGCAGCUCCUUGAGAGAACUGUGUCCCUGGAAGAGUUUGAGAACAUGCCGCACAUGAAACCCCAGUUCUUCAAGUACGGGCUUGAGUUUGUGAGCCACAGGACGGCAGUCGUGUAUGGACGUGGGGAGAUCAGUAUUCGUCUCCGGUACCCAGCACAUAGGCUGGUAGUGGCAUUCAACUUCAGCAUACAGUUUGAGAAUGGAGAUGAGGAGUAUAAGGGCGUGAAGCUGAACCGCUACGGUAUGCAGGAGAGCGUAGGUGGUGUUGCUUCAUUCAGACUACGCCUCCCACAGAAGGGGGCGUACAUUCUCUACAUCUACGCCAAGGAGGAUACACCGGAAAACAAGGACAAUGUUUACGCACAGGUAUGCGAGUACAAGAUUGAACAAGAGGAGGUAAACAAGCCCGAGCCCGAGCCAUUGCCUCCAUGUGCCUACCUCAACUGGGGGCCGGGUGCAGCAUUCUUCAGGUAUGGACUUGCCACUUACCAGCAGACUGCUACUGUUCUCACCAGAGACGGCAAGGCUGAGCUCCAGUUCCGCAUCCCUAAGACCAUGCAGUUUAUGGCCAAACUUAAAAAUAACCACAGCUCAGACUCCGAGCUAGAGGGCUACUGCAUGAACAGGAUUGUUGGCAACACAGCGUAUUUCAACAUCACAGCACCAGGCAGGGGAGAGUACGGACUGGAGAUUUACGCAAACGAUCCAUCCACUGAGGGCACCACUCUUUUCCAUGUGGCUCAGUAUCUUAUUGAAUGUAACGAGGAUGUAAAAGCUGUACCCUUGCCAAAGCUUCCAGGGGGCUACCUUGGGGCACAGCCAAAGUUUAACGAAUUCGGCCUGAACACCUUAAGUCACCAUGACCCUGUCAUUCAUUUGGAGAAGAACUUUGUCGAAAUUCAGUUUGCCACUGCCCAGGAAAUGAGAGUUACAGCAAACCUCAUCGAUGCAGAGACUGAUAAGGAUUAUCCAGACUACGUGUUCACACAGACCCAGUCACAGGGCAGUGUGGUGAGCUUCCGAGUCGUACUGCCCAACGAGGGCUUCUACAAGUUGCAGCUCUACUCCAUCCCUGUCUCCGAUACGAGCCAACAGCUGCCGGGUGUGUACAACUACCUGAUCAACUGUAAGAAGAUGACGCAGCAGGUUGUCCCCUUCCCAAAGCAGUAUGCACAGUGGAAGGAGGGCUGCUGCAUGGAGUCACCCAUCUCACUUCACCAGGGAUGUGGGGACGAGGUGGUUUUCUGCAUGUUUGUUCCGAAGGCCUCCGCUGUUGCAGUUGUUGCUGGCGAUGAGUGGACGCACCUGCAGUCGCCACAGACAGGCAUGUGGGAGGGUCGCGUGAAAAUGGGUCAUUUGUACGGCCGCGGGGCGAAGGCCACGCUGAAUGCAAAUUAUGGCGGGGAUCCCACAAGUUACGCUACACUGCUCGAGUACAAUGUCUGAAUUAACUAUUUCUGGAAUAUAGAUCUAGCUAGGACGUUUUAAUGACAAUUUUACACAUGUUAAACUCAUUGGAAUUAAACUAACAAUUGCUUGAUAAUUAUGUACAUGUACUUGUGUAGUGACAGUACUAGUAUAUUCGCUUUGCUUCUUGUUGUAGGGUGCUAGGUGUGUAUUCUUGUGUUUAUAAGUUUUACCACUUGUAUCACCAUUUGAAAUAUAAGGUAAAAGUAUGUAAGCUUGUAAAUGUUCUAUAUUUCAUUAGUUUUCUUUUUAUUACAUAACUUAAUCAGUUGAACAUUCUUCAAGGCCACUGAAUGGUUGUUAGUAAAAUUACAAAAUGGUUGUCUUAGUAACCAACAUGUUUUAUAUCAAAGAUCUUGCUCUUUUAAAGAAGGCAUAAUUUUGAUGAAUUUAAGCUUAUUUAGAUGUAUAUAUUUCUUGUAUGGUUAGGUAGUUGUCUGUUCAUGUAGUAAGAAAAUGAAUAUAAAAAAAAGUAAUAAAUUUAUAUUUUUCAAAUUAAGUGCAUUAUCUUGAACUUCUUGAAAUAUUUUUUCUUGCCGAUCAUUUUAAUAUUUUCGGUAUUGUGUUUCAAUAAAAUGUCUUUUGCUAGUGCACGUUAAACAAAGCUAGAUUUUAUUUUUGGUAUUAAUAAUUUAUAUGUCACAUUGUUGAAUGAUUUUUGAAAAAAAGUCAACUCUUAAUACACCUUCUAUUACAGGUUUGAUCAAAAUAUCUGUUAUGAACUCUUGUGGUAUUGUUUGUCCUUCCAAAUUAGUGCAAUAUGAAGACAUGUCUGUGUGUGUUUUAGAUCAAAUUUUGCUUUACCAUUCAUCAGUGUUAACAUUCUUAAGAUCACAAGGUCACUUCUGUGACAGUACUUUGUAGGUUACUAAAAAUAAAAAACUCCACAUUUCAGUCGUGGGCAUUAUUCCAGCACGAGUUAAUAAUACUGUGUAAUGUUUUGCUUAAAAACGCAUAAAAUAAAAAGGCACUAGAAUAUUUACUUGAGGUACCUACUGUAAGAUUUAUGUGCGUUAUAGGAACAUGGCAAAACAUAUGAGCCGUGUCGCGCGAUUUUUGGCCUUCGGACAUAAUUAUUUCUAAUGAAAUAAUCAUUAAUAAAAAGUGCCAAACAUAAUGAUUUUUUCUAUGUAAAUCAAUUUCUUCCUGACUUCUUUCUUUUUGAAGGUUUGUCAUUGGUGCAUCAUUUUCUCGAUAAUUUAUGACCAUUGGUUUACUCAUGUUUCCAUAGCCAUGGAUUUCGUCCAGACAUAUUUUGACUGGAUUGAUAGUCUGUGUUUAAAACGGCCAAAUGUAUUAAAAAUACAAAAAUGAUUCAUUAUUUUUAUUUAUGUUCCUUAAAGAUUCUGUGAUAAGAAAAUAAUUUAAAUUAUAAGCUAGUUGUAAUAUUGAUACAAUAAUUUUGCACGUCAUUUGAAUAAUGCACUUUUAUUACGACGUCAUUUGAAUGACGUCAAAUUUAGUAUUCAAAAUGCGCAAUACAUGAUCUCACUUGUAAACACGGCAAUUUAAGUGAUAUCAACAUGAAAUUUUCAGAAUAUCUUUCUGAAAUUACAUGGCAUUCAAAUACCUUAAAACAUUGCAAUAGCAAAAAUAUGUCCGAAGGCCCAAAAUCGCGCGACGCGGCUCAUAUCAUCAUUUAGAAAUAUAAUCGCUUCUAUUUUACUUACAUAUUGUUUUAGCUGUCUGGAAAGAAAUCUGCUUAAUGAUUAUCGUAAUAUGUUCAUUUACUUUUAUUUUUCAUAAUUUUUCUUUGCUCAAGCACUUUGUUUCAUUGGCAUCUGGUAUGCUCAGUAUCGUUUAAAAAAUACAAUUCAAAGACCCUGUAAAACUUAUUCUUAGUUCUUAUUCCUGUACUUAAUUUAAGGUCAUAAUCUUGUUCAUGUAAACCACUUUAAAAUUACUAUUGAUAUUGAAAAAGCGUGUUUUGUUUAAUAUUUAGGAACAGAAGUUUCUAUGAGAUGCCAUAAUCUUGUUAUAGCAAUUGGUUUUUUGAUUUGUUGAAAUGGACUUUAUAUUAUUUUGUUAACUGCUUUUUAGAAUGUUAUUUUUAUCUCUUUAUAGUCAUAAUAUACACUGAACUAUAGAAAAGUGCUCUAUCUAUGCUUUUUAUAGCAAUAAAUUGAUUGCUUUCA